CAAACAACCUUCUCUUCCGGAUUCGCUGUAACUCCAAAAGGCUUCUCUCUCGGAGCAGCUCAUCUCAUCCAGCUAAGCUUACUUCAAAUAGUAAUCCAAACCAAAGGAAACAGAUCAGAAAGUUUGAUUCAAUUCUUUACGUUCACCUAUUUGAUUCCUCCCAACAGCGAUGGGCUCUCAUUCACGUGUUCAUUGAUGAUAGCAUCUCACUGGGUGGGUAAAAGAAAUUGAUGUCAUUGAAAAUGGAGUUUGUUUUCACUGUUUUGAUAUUGGCUUGCUUGCAGUCUUUUGCACUGCCUGAUUCUCAAGGUGAUGCCCUGAUUGCAUUGAAGACUUCAUUGAAUGCUGCAAAUGAUCAGCUCGUUAAUUGGAACCCCGAUCAAGUUAACCCUUGCACUUGGGCCAAUGUUCGGUGCGAUGCCAAUAAUAUUGUUCGGCACGUAACAUUGUUAGCAAUGGGAUUUACUGGAACCUUGUCCCCAAAAGUAGGAACUUUAAAAUCUCUCUUUUCUCUUCAGUUGCCAGGAAAUCACAUAACUGGUGAGAUACCCAAAGAGUUUGGAAAUCUUAUCAGUUUGGAAAGUUUGGAUUUGACAAAUAAUAAUUUAACUGGUGAAAUACCAUCUUCUCUUGGAAAUCUUAAAGCGCUUCAGUUCUUGACUUUGAGUCAAAACAAGCUCAAUGGGACUAUUCCUGAGUCACUUUCAAGUCUUCCAAAAUUAAUCAUUCUUCAGCUUGAUUCAAAUGAUCUCAGUGGUCAGAUUCCUGAGCAUUUAUUCAAAAUUUCAAAGCACAACUUUACAGGAAACAAUUUGAAUUGUGGUAUAAAAGCCUCUCUUUCAUGUGCAUCUGAAAAUGGAGAUUCAGGUGGUUCAAAUAAGCCAAAUAUUGGAGUCAUACUUGGAAUUGUUGGAGGAUUUGCUGUUAUUCUUCUUCUUGGUGUUGUUCUGUUUAUUUUGUGUAAGGGUAGACACAAAGACUACAAGCGCGAAGUUUUUGUGGAUGUUGCAGGUGAAGUUGAUCGAAGAAUUGCAUUUGGUCAAUUAAAAAGAUUUUCAUGGAGGGAAUUGCAGCUUGCUACAGACAACUUCAGUGAUAAAAAUGUUUUAGGACAGGGAGGUUUCGGAAAAGUUUAUAAAGGGGUGCUUGCUGAUAACACAAAAGUGGCGGUGAAACGGUUAACUGACUAUGAGAGUCCUGGGGGAGAUCAAGCUUUCCAACGGGAAGUUGAGAUGAUAAGUGUUGCUGUUCAUAGGAAUCUUUUACGGCUGAUUGGAUUUUGCACAACUAAUAGAGAACGCCUUUUAGUCUAUCCCUUUAUGCAGAAUUUGAGUGUUGCCUCUUGUCUUCGAGAAGUUAAACCUGGGGGACCCAUUUUGGAUUGGCCUACAAGAAAACGAGUUGCUUUAGGGACAGCUCGUGGUCUAGAGUACCUUCAUGAGCAUUGCAAUCCUAAAAUUAUUCACCGGGAUGUUAAGGCUGCAAAUGUGUUACUUGAUGAAGACUUUGAAGCAGUUGUUGGUGAUUUUGGCCUUGCAAAGUUGGUUGAUGUUAGAAAAACUAAUGUGACUACUCAAGUUCGUGGGACAAUGGGCCACAUAGCACCUGAAUACUUGUCCACUGGGAAGUCUUCAGAAAGAACUGAUGUUUUUGGUUAUGGAAUAAUGCUUUUAGAGCUUGUGACAGGUCAAAGGGCAAUUGACUUUUCGCGCUUGGAGGAAGAAGAUGAUGUUUUAUUGCUUGAUCAUGUCAAGAAGCUGGAAAGGGAGAAGAAACUUGAUGCUAUUGUAGAUCCCAACCUAAGUAAAAAUUACGACAUUCAAGAGGUGGAAAUGAUGAUUAAAGUUGCAUUGCUUUGUACCCAGUCAUCACCAGAGGACCGCCCUGCAAUGUCAGAGGUGGUACGGAUGCUGGAAGGUGAGGGGCUAGCUGAGAGGUGGGAAGAAUGGCAGCAUAUUGAGGUUACUCGUAGGCAAGAGUAUGAGAGAUUACAAAGAAGAUUUGACUGGGGAGAAGACUCUGUUUAUAACCAAGAUGCUAUUGAAUUGUCUGGUGGAAGAUGAGGUAUCGAAUAACUCUGCACCCAAUCCUUGUUUAGAUUAUAGGCAUGUACGAUCCUUUUUGGUUGGUUAGCUCAGAGAUUUAUUUGAUAUGCCUAAUUUUUAUACCCAAUUGAAAAAAUUCGAUUGGGUAUAAUUGAAUUCAAUUGGCUCAGUGAAAUUUGAACUCGAUAUGUUGCUGGGCCUGGUUUAAGCUCCUCCUCCUCCUCCUUCUUCUUGUGUUUAUAUGUAUUUUGUAAUUUUCUUGUGUGUUAAUUUGAUCUGAUGAAGUAUUAUAUACACAACUUUGCCUUUCAUAAUAUGAAAACUUUCUCCAUGUUGGGUUCUGAA